GUAGACAAGUAUAAGAGGACCUAUAUACUCAUAAUUGUCUCGGUUAUUAUUCUUAUUUUGAACAUCUAUUUUGAACUUCGCAUAACACCUUUUUGUAAAUUCUCUGUGAAAAAUAGUCAAAAUGUUCUUCAGAACGGCCGCCACCGCUCUUUUGGCUUCAUCGGCCGCAGCCCAAUAUAUGUUCCCACGCGUGAGUGGAAACUCCACGAGACUAUGUGGCACCCCGGAACCUACCGAGCAGCAAAUUGCCGCCUCCCAAGCCAUGUUGGCGAAGGAACGUGAGAUACGCCUUAAGGGAGAGUCCCGUGCGCUCAGAUCAUUCAGCGUGAACGCCUAUUUCCACGUUGUGGCGUCGUCUCAAUCACUCGACGACGGCUACCUAACGCAACAAAUGAUCGAUGACCAGCUAGACGUGUUGAAUGCUGAUUAUUCUCCCCAUGGAAUCACCUUCAACCUAGUCGAUACCGAUUGGACUGUCAACUCCAAUUGGGCUGCUGAUGGGGACGAGAUCGCUAUGAAGCAAGCGCUUCGUAAAGGCACGUACUCGGACCUAAACGUUUACUUCCUUGGAAAUUUAGGCGGAGGUUUACUUGGGUACUGUUACUUUCCCGACAAUGUUUCCGAGGGCUCAACAGAGUUCUACCAGGAUGGGUGUACUAUCCUUGGCCAGUCUGUGCCCGGUGGUAACGCGGCCCCCUAUAACUUGGGCGGCACCGCAGCUCAUGAGAUUGGUCACUGGAUGAAUCUAUACCACACAUUCCAAGGUGGUUGCAGUGGUACUGGCGAUUCGGUUGACGACACCCCCGCUCAAGCCUCCGCUUCCUCCGGGUGCCCCGAAGGCCGAGAUAGCUGCCCCGGUGGCGGCGUUGACCCCAUUCAUAACUAUAUGGAUUACUCAGAUGAUGCUUGCUACGAAGAAUUCACAUCCGGCCAGGAGGACCGUAUGUACAGCGCUUGGUCUACUUACCGUUCUUAGAGACAUUUCGGGGCGGAGCGUGUGCUUGGUUACCUACUUAAGUCAUAGAAGCUGAAGGGUGUUAUGGCGGCCGGAUAGAAUGGGAGUGAGACGAUUGGUACCAUACAUGGGCAUGUAACGUUAAGCCCCUGGAUGUGACGCAAGCUAUUGAACUGUUGAGACAUUCAAUAACUUUACGACUCUACAAAACCAUCCAUACCGAGCUACUGAUGAAAUACAUGUGGCCUAGACAUCCAUUGUAGCACGAGGUCCUGUGUAUGGGAUAAGCUCUGCUAGGUACCCUUGGGUGAUACCACGCUGAA